AUGUUAUCCGCUUUCCGUAAGAUCCCCACUGUACAACGGCCGUCAGUGCGGUUUCUCUCUGCAACAAUCGAGGCAGCAGCGCAAGUUAACACCGAGAACACACAAUUCAAAACAAAGACUGUGCGCAAUAUUAGAGAUCGAGUGUUAAUCGAACACUUGGAAGACAAUGAUAAGAUAUACUUUGUAACAUUAGAUCGCCCGGAUAAGCUAAAUAGUCUGGAUAUGGACAUGUUUCUUGCGAUUUCGGAAGCGGCUGAUGAUAUGAAGACGAGGACAAACGCGCGCGUGGCUAUUUUGCGAGGCAAUGGGCGCACCUUCAGCACAGGUAGGCUGAGGUAA